AUGCCUCGUCGACACGCGGUCAUAACCCUCCACCCUAUCUAUUCACCAGACACUCUCCCCUUUCGAUCCCUGACCUUUGCCUCGGACAAAGACAACGUCAGUAUCGGACGGUCUUCCAAAUGCCUGUCCAAAAACCUUGUCCCUGCGCAUAACAAUGCUUGGUUCGAAUCGCGAGUGAUGUCAAGGGAUCAUGCCCGCAUUGGGGUCCGUCUGGACAAGGAGAUUGUUUACGUUCGGGAUAACGGCUCUAUGCAUGGUACCGCACUCAAUGACAAGAAGAUCCCUACCGGAAAAGAUGUCACCGUACAGAGCGGUGAUAUACUCACCUUUGGGAAUGAAGUCACUCGCGGUUCUGAGACUUUUGCUCCCCUCAAGGUUCGCUGCGAGUGUCAGUGGUUCGAUAAUGAUGAUAAGGAGCCAAGUGAACCCCCCGGAGAGCUUCCCACGAAGCCAUCCACGAACAGUUUCUCUGUACCCGACGACGAUGAGGUGAUCGAAAUAGUUCGUGACUCUUGCCAUAAGCAAGUGACAACAUUCACGGUUCCCGACUCGGACGACGAAUCUGAAGCAGACUCUACCCACCCCAAAGAUCAGUCCACCCCGGCUACAUCCCCUCUCAGCAAAGAUGCUGCGGAUGGCUGCACGCGAGACGAUGCGGAGACCUCGAGCCCUAAGGCAUCCCAGUCCAAGCCCGCGGCCAAUGGAUCAGACUUGGCUGAAGGCACGCGGAAGGUGCCUGUCACCGUUGACGAGGACCAGGCUCUGGUGACACCAACAACGACCCCACCAGCGGCUUUCACUCCAGGUGCCUUCUCGGACAACCAUGACUGGGAAAAUCUUGAGACUUACAGCAGUGAGGAAGAUUCCGAAUCCCAAAUGUCGGAAGAGCUCGAAGAUGAUGAGGACGCCGGUGCAUCCUGUUCCAGCGAUGAGUCGUUCGAACAAGGCUUCGCCAACAGCCACGUUCAUACCACCAACAAGUCGUACACUCCCCCUCCUGCAGUCUACGCCACCCUCUCUACCGGACCAUGUAUCGAUGAAUGGGCAGGACCAUCGGCCGCGGACCAUGCAUCCCAGUGGCGGCCCUGCAGAUUUCCAUCUGGUGUCUUCGUGAAAGCCCCUAGCUCUUACGGAUAUUCUGAUGGACCUUUCAUGCUCGACCAUACGCGACCCUCAACUGAGAAUGUUGGCUCUAUGGAACCCAUCAUUCUCCCUGGGCCAUCUACCCUAGUGGACCACCGUACUGAUCCAGUCGUGGAGGAACAACGCAUGAAACCGCUACCUAGGUACAACAGUUUUGGAAAGACCGCUCUUCCGUCUUUCACACAUUCGCCACUCUUUCCGCAGUGUACGGGUCAGAGUGGUAGUGUUGCUAACAGUGACAAGGCCGCAUUGGCACUUGAACAUGCUACCGAGAGACGAACUGGAGAGUCCACUGCAACCACACGCGUGUCCAUUGCUGAUAUUGUUCAUGACUGCAAGCCAGUGGAACCAAGGACCUCUCUGAAGAGAAAGGCGGCUGAAAUGGAAUUGGAAUCGAUUGUUUCUGGCCCAUCCUACUUCGAUGAGUUCUCUGACCUACGUCACUGCGGCGAGUCUAUUAGGGAUGCUCAGUUGGAAAGUGUCUUUGGUGAUGUGGCCUCGCUUCCAGACGCUCAGCCACAGCUACCUAUAAAUGACCUUGACAGUUCUCCUCCAGAGCUCAUCAAGAUCCCUGCUGUCUCCGAGGAACAAUCCGCCGGGAACGGUGUAUCUGAUAACGGGCAUUGUCAAAAGCGUGCAAAGCUAACGCAUGCUCCCUCCCGUCGCCGCAAGUUAGCCAGAGAUGCAGUUGUCGCUUUGGGCGGAGUUUUUGUCGGCAGCAUUCUCACUGUUGCCGGUCUGGCAUCGCUACCCCCGGAUUUCUUCACUGGUUGAAGCCUAUUUCCAUGCAAUUGAACAACGAGUAUGGAUCCUACGGCCGUAUGGCGAUGAAUCACACAAUGACUGGCGUUUCAGGGACUAUGUGAUUAUGGAUUUCGA